UUUAAGAAGGGUGUAUCCGCUGGGCGACCCUUUUUUGCGUGCGCACGGUUGGCGACAUUGUUCUGUCAUUUCUUUUUCGCCGCGAGUUAGAUUCGUCAACAUGGGUAAGCCCCGUGGCCUUAGAACAGCCAGGAAGCACGUAAACCACCGUCGGGAUCAACGAUGGGCGGACAAGGAUUACAAAAAGGCACAUUUGGGAACCAGAUGGAAGGCCAAUCCUUUCGGAGGAGCGUCUCACGCAAAAGGGAUCGUUCUCGAAAAAGUAGGAGUUGAAGCUAAGCAGCCAAACUCCGCCAUCAGAAAGUGCGUUAGGGUACAAUUAAUUAAGAAUGGUAAAAAAAUCACGGCGUUCGUGCCAAGGGAUGGUUGCCUGAACCAUAUUGAAGAAAACGACGAAGUUUUGGUCGCUGGUUUCGGACGUAAAGGUCACGCCGUCGGUGAUAUUCCCGGAGUAAGAUUUAAGGUUGUCAAAGUAGCUAAUGUCUCCUUGUUAGCUUUGUAUAAAGAAAAGAAGGAAAGGCCGCGUUCGUAAUUUUUAACUUGUAAUUUGUGUUUGUAUUUGAAUAAAUGCAAGCUUAUAUUUG